GGGUGAAAAUCGGCAAAAGCGCCAAGACAUUUUGGACAGCCGUGAAUGCACCAAUUCACGAAGUGGAUGAACAGAUGCUUAAUGUACAGAACAAAAAUUCGUCUUAUUUUGUGGAAUGGAUCCCUAACAACGUGAAGACCGCUGUAUGUGACAUCCCACCGAGAGGAGUUAAGAUGGCUGCCACAUUUGUGGGCAACUCAACCGCUAUACAGGAACUUUUUAAAAGGAUCUCCGAGCAAUUUACAGCUAUGUUUCGUCGUAAAGCAUUCCUGCAUUGGUACACUGGCGAAGGUAUGGACGAAAUGGAGUUCACCGAGGCCGAAUCGAACAUGAAUGACCUGGUUUCCGAGUAUCAACAGUAUCAGCGGUUGAUCGACCGACACAAUUACCGCCUUGACCGCGAAAUGUUGCCAGAUCAUUUGCUUGUUGUUUACCUUAGAAAAUAGAA